CAAGGACGCACCGCCGGGCGCAUGCUGGGCUACAAAGGUGCACGAGCUCUUUGACCAGCUUCAGCGAGGCGAGGAUGUGGUCGUAGAUGCUGGGAAGGCUGGUCGCGUUGCCAUCUCGCCACGAACAAACAGGGAACGCCAAAGCCACCGCGGGACGACCGGGGGUGCUUUCGGCGGAUAUGGCGUGCCGCCGGCACAGCAAGGGCAAGCUGGCGGUGCUUCCGAGCAAUACAGUGAUGGCGAUAGUGCUGGCUUUGAUGGCGGGCAAGCGCAGAGUCAAGUGUCACGGCGUGGUGCGGGCCCCUCUCGGUCCUCAGUAGACGACUCGCAGUUCUCCUCCGAGUUUUUCGUCGAGGAAGCUACUGCCGGUCCGGCCAUCGGAAGUGUCAAGUCCGACGAAUUUUUACCAGAGAUGGGACCACGCGGAGGCUCAUCAAGCAAAUCCACAUCUAGCACAUCAUCUCUCUCCGGACAGAGGAAAUCCGCCGGUGGCUCAAUGAUGGAGGACCUGGAUUGGUUUAUUUCGGGAGAUUCUGUGGGAUCGCCGAGCGAGCGGGAUUUCAAUCGGCUGGAUCAGCAGCAGGGCCGGCUUGACGGCCAGAAGCAGCACUCGCGGGACGCCAUGAAGCGAGCCACCCGCACCACCAGCCCGGCACUGCACGCCGCGCGUCAAGAGCAAGAAAACGAGAACUACAGCGUUGAGGCAGCUCAAAGAAAUGAUCCUUGGGCCUCAUCUUGGGGACGCGAUGGAACAGAUUAUCUGGACGAAGAUCGCAGGACAGGAAGUAG